UAGAGUGUGGCGAUUUCAAUUUUACAGAGCAAAGACAUGGCCACAAGAUCCUGUUUGUUUGCAUUUUCCAGGUUGUACAUAUACGAACGAAUGAAAGUGUAGGUAUUUUUUGUCCACCGGACAAACUAGAGCGAAUGGAAUUGAUUAAAGACGAAGACGUUCUGUUUGAAUGGCAUAGUCCACUAUACAUGAACUUUACACAUGUAGGUAUUAUGUUUAAGAUGGAAGAAAUUUUCCGAGAAAAAGUUAAUGGAAGACUAGAGGGUCACAUUUACGGCGACAUUUACGUACACGAAUGUCCCGAUGAGUUGAACUUAGUGCUAGAACCAUUAGCAGCGAAUGAAGUGAUCAUGAAACCUCUGUGCAUCGACGACGUAAAGGAUAUACACGAUUUAUAUCCAGCAGGUGAUAUCGAAAGUUUAGAGUUAUUUGAAAAGCUAGUUACCCAGCUUCCAGGCUUCGGUGUGUUUAAUCAAUCGGAUAAUGAACUAGCUGCAUGGAGUUUGCAGUCAUAUUAUGGUGGAAUGUUCUCCAUGCAAACAAAACCAAAAUUUAGAAGAAAAGGAUACGGUAUUCAGCUAGCACAAUCUCUGACUAAAUUGGUAAUUCGUCGCGGAUACAUACCCUUUGUUGUCAUAGGCCAGAAAACGACGCUUCUCGUGGACUUUAUACGAAGCUAG